AUGGUGUUUGUAACCUCUGUCUCUACGCCACAAUGGUCCGAGGGUCUUGCUCAGUUUGAUGACGAGGAGUUGCUUGCCAUGAUGCAGGGUACCAACGAAGCGAGCGCGGCGCUCAAGACUACGAUAUACAAAGACAGUGAAUCUAUACCAGACCAGCUCAGAGCACUAUACGACUCUCGUGAACCUCUAGGGACUAAUAUAGAACUAUGGAAUCUCAUGAACGCCGUGUGCACCACGAUAACCGCCGACUCUGAUGCUCCACGUGAUGAUUGUCGUAAGGAGGCAAUCCUCCAUCUGACUGGCAAGCCCGUGUUUGAAUUGCUUUCGGAUAUCGUUGUAUCUGGUGAACUGUUUGAGGAAUGGCCGGGCUGGAUAAGAUGCGACUCGUGCGAGAUGGUCCAUGCGAUAUACCUGGGUGCAACUUCUGAGCGUGUUUGUCAAGCCCCGCAUAUGCUACGGAGCUCCCUGCUCGAUCUUCUCGAGAGCGUGACUGAACUCACGCAGAUCCAAUCCGGAAACAGUCCUGAAUACGCACGACUCUGCUUCCUAUCCUGGUACUAUGACGUGGAUGGCGUUGACCCAGAGUACUCUCGGGGUGUUGAUCAUAUGUUCAAUACUGCCGUGGACAUAUUGGCGGCUGCACCUUCUGCGGACGGACGCAAAGAAAACAUUACGACGUUUACUCAAACCCAUGUUCAGGUCGAUUAUAAUCAUACGCAGAUCUGCAGACGUCUGCACGCAACCAUGAUCCAUUCGAAAACCCUGAAUCGCCACUCAUGCAGACUCCCUGACCUGAUAACUCACCUACUUCCGAUGACGACUGGGAGUUUCUCUCUUAUCAUUGAAACAGGGCUUCUACAAGCUAUGUUCAACUGCCUUGAUUUGCCGUUUGACGAAAAGAAGAUUCUGCCGGACAUGUCUCCAACCCAUCUUGGUUAUAGCCUCUUAUCUCGUGUAUGUCUGAAAGGCAUAGCAACCGUGACAAAUGCACUCGUGACCUUCGACGAGCUGCCCUUCAACCACGGUGCCAAAGUCGCGAUGGAAGAGUGCGAUUUACCUUCGAUCCUCUCCCAGAUCAUUCGAUUCUCGAUCUUCUACUCUAGUAGUCCAGGACAUGAACAGGAAACCUUGCGCCAAGCCCUAGCGAUAAGCGACACAAUUACCCUCCUGAGCAGCUCUGCGACGAUCGAUAAGAAGAGUACGAUACACUCGGUCUUUCAACGAUCACUCGCUCGUGAAUGGUAUCCGGUAUUGAUGCUCCUUCGCAAGUCAAAGGAUCCCGUCAUCUGUGGAUUUCAUGUGCUCGUCUCUUGGGAGAAGCUCGGUAUCGCGAUGGGCUUAGCUGAAAAUGCCGAGCGCAAAAGAUUCGAGAAACGAACAGGAAGGUGUUGUUCCCUCCUCGUCUGCCGGUUCUACACGGCCGAACCUCCGAGCGCUCCAAGAACCUGCGCCGGAUGCGGAGAAGUACAAUACCAUUCAAAGCCCUGCCAAGCGGAGGAUUGGAAAUACGGGGGCCACAAAGCCCGUUGUAAGAGGAUCAAGUGA